ACAAACUCAUUUUAUCUUCCCAGACCAUGAUGACAAUAUUGCUUCUUUUUCUUCCAACACUCAGUCUGCUCUGCUUUCUUCAUCAAAAAUACAGAAACAAGUACGGAGCAAAUCAUCUUCCCCCGGGUCCUCCGGGACUUCCAAUCAUCGGUAACCUACACGAGCUUGCUAACUCAGCUCCACAUCACUACCUAUGGCAACUCUCCAAAAAAUAUGGCCCUCUCAUGACCCUCCAACUCGGUUUCGUUCCAACCCUUGUGGUUUCUUCAGCAAAGAUGGCUAAAGAGGUCCUGAAAACCCAUGAUCUCGAAUUUGCUAGUAGGCCAUCUUUACUGGGCCAGAGAAAGCUAUCUUACAAUGGCUUAGAUGUGGCUUUUACACCUUACAGUGAGUAUUGGAGAGAAAUGAGGAAGAUUUGUGUCCUUCAUCUCUUGAACCCCAAGAGGGUUGAGUCCUUCCGUUACAUUAGAGAAGAUGAGGUUUCGCGAAUGAUCAAAAAGAUCUCCAACUUUGCUUCUGCUUCUAAACUCAUCAACUUAAGUGAGAUGCUAAUGUCUCUCACUAGUGCCAUGAUUUGUAGAAUUGCUUUUGGUAAGAGGUAUGACGAUGAAGGUUGCGAAAGGAGUAAGUUUCAUGGCCUCCUUCAUGAAGCUCAGGCCAUGCUAGGAAGCUUCUUCCUCUCGGAUUAUUUUCCUUUUCUUGGUUGGGUAGAUAAACUCAAUGGCAUGUCAAGCAGGGCCGAUAAAAUUUUCAAGGAAAUGGAUUUGUUCUACCAAGAAAUCAUCGAUGAGCGCUUGCAAGAAGAGAGCAGUAAGUCCGAGCAAGAGGAUAUUCUUGAUGUCUUACUUCAGCUGCAGAAGGAUCACUCGUUUACAAUUGAUCUCACUUUAGAUCAUAAUUUUUCUCACCACCUUAGUCCAGUCAUAAAACCAUAAUUUUUAUACCAACUA